AUGGUGCUCUUUCACAUGAAGAUUGAUCAGGUACCAAACAAGUACAUCUUAAAAAGAUGGUGCAAAAAUAUUAAGAGGAGCCACACCAAAGUUCGCAUCAACUAUGACAAUCGGCUUGUCAAACCUGAAACACAACGCUUUGAUAAAAUGUACAAAGCCUUCAAUGAGGUUGUAGACUUGGCAAUAGAUUCUGAAGAUAAGUGUGAGAAGGUGGUGGCACGAAUUCUUGAAUUAAAAGGAGAGUUCAAACAAGAAAAACUUGUUUGUGGAAGUAAUGAACCCAUUUCUACAGGUAUUCCUACAGAUUCAACCUCAUGUGGAGAUGAUCUUGCAAUUUCUAAAGAGACUAAAAACAUACUUGAUCCAGUAGUGGUUAGACAAAAGGGACGACCACCAUCUAAAAGGAAGCAGUCAAUAGUUGAGAAAGUUGUUAGAAAAAAGGAGGAAAGGAAAAAGAAAAAGAAAACCAAAAUGGCUACUAAGGUUGAGAAUGUGUCUUGUACAACCCCUACUAUGGGAUUGAGGGUGCUUGGAGUACAAAAGAGUUUUAACUUAAAUGAGUUGGAACUGCAACAAUCACAACAGAUUGGUAAAGAGAGUUAUGAAGAAUCCAUCAUGUGGCCAAACAUUAAUUGCCCUCCUAAUAUCAUCGGGAUGAGUCCAUAUUAUGGGCUGCCAAAUAUGCUACAAGGAGGAAACUCGCCAUUUCAGUCAAGUAUGAUAAGACAAGUGGUUGGAAUGCAACCAUUUAGUUACCAUGAAAACACAUCUCAGGAUGAUUCUCCACUCCAGAAGGCAUGUUAUGAUUUGUCAAAUGAGCAUCCAAGCAAUUCUAUUGGGAAGUUUGGUACCAAUGAUGUGACAAAAGUUGGAAAUCCAAAAUUACACGAAGAUGGCAGGGGCAAUUAGUUUGUUUAUGAUAUAUAGGGUCAUAAGAUUAGUUUAAACAUGGAAACUUGACGGUUAAUAUUUUUGUCUCAUAAUGUAGCCCAUUGGGCAACCUUUUGUAAUAAGGUAGGAACCUUCUCUAACUCUAAAACAUUAAUGUAAAAGUUCUUUUUAAAUGCAAAUCAUUUUUUAUCA